CAAUAUUUGCACAAGUCACCUUGAAACUAUCGGUAGAGAGUUGCGUUUUACGAUUCAAUCUUUUCAUUUUAUAACCCUCUAGCUUCCGGCGAAACUAGAAUAAAAUGAUUCAACAAAUCAUUAUAAUUGGUUUCCUUUUCUCAUCGAGUUUAAACCUUGGAUUUGCUCUCAACUGCAGUUUUUGCUCGACCCUUAUAAGCUGGGAAAUUUGUGACCAGAGCAGUGAUUUUUGGACCUGCUCGGACUUUUUGGUGCUUCAAGGGCAUGAAUUCCUAUCGGGUUUGAAUCCCACAUUGCCUUUGAAUAGAACGGCCGCCUACGCCGGUGGGUACAAAUGCUACACGGUGGAGGUGUUGUUUGGCGAAGAAAAGCACCAGCGAGGACAUGCACGUGGAUGCACCUUUGCGGAGGUGGAUUUCUGUUCCGGCUGGAGCAGCAGAACCGAAAUUGUCAACUGUACCACUUGUCUCAGUGAGGACCCGAAUUCGUGCGAUGACGCUUCCAGUCUGAAGGAUGCGAUGUGGAUUAAGUUGAUUAUGGUUUUGGUUUUAGCUUUUAAAACGUGGUAGGAUAGCUAAACAAAGUGAUAAAAUAAAUGUGUUCUAUAAUGACCUUAAAUGUGAGACACUGAGGUUGAAAAUGCGUAUCUGCAAAGAUUACAAAGGGUGGAAUUAAAUGGAAGAAUUCUAACAAGUCUAAAAGCAA